AUGGAGGGCGAUCAUGUUGCUUCAAAGGAAGGCAAGAGUAACGUGUCUGUUCUUGAGAACCUGGCUUGUGACUCUAGAGAUGAUGUUGAUACAUUUCGACGUGAAAGAGAUAGGAGCUUAGGAGCGGGAGCUAACGGGUAUCCUUUGCUUAUGAAGGACCUCGUGGGAAGACACUCUGUGUGUUGUGCUUCCCUUUUUGAGACUAGGGUAAGUGGUGAUCGAGCUAAGGCUAUUGCUAGUAAACUUGACUUCCAGGGAAUUCAUAUUGAGGAUGCAGUAGGAUUUUCUGGUGGCAUUUGGCUAGUGUGGGAAACUAAUGUGGUUAGUAUUAAUAUUAUCUCUUCCCAUAGGCUGUUUGUUCAUGCCAGUGUCACCUUUCUGGAUAGCUCUCAGGUGGCGUUGGUUACCUUUGUCUAUGGAAGUCCCAAACCAGCAUUGAGAAAUGCUCUUUGGGAGAGCCUUGUGACCUUAAAUCCUGGGCCAUAUGUUCCAUGGGUAGUUAUUGGUGACUUCAAUGCCUACCAGGAAGCUUGUGAUAAGUUUGGGGGUUCGGGGUUGAACAUUCCUUCUAUGCAGCGGUUCAAUUCUUGUCUCCAGUCGUGUGGGCUCUCUGAUAUGGGGUUCAAAGGACCUCCGUUUACAUGGGAAGGUCGUGGGGUGAAAGAGAGGAUCGAUAGAGGAUUUUGCAACCCGCAGUGGCUACAUAUUUUCCCUGAUUCUGUUGUUCUUCAUCUUCCUCAACUAAAAUAUGAUCACAAGCCGCUUCUGCUUGUUGUAUCAAGAAUUGUUGAGCAUAGAGUUUUUUCUCGUCCAUUCAGAUUUCAAGCUGGUUGGCUGACCCAUGAGGACUUUCCCAGGUUGAUAGAAUCAUCAUGGGACCCUGAUGGUGAUUGGCUUUCUAAUUCCUCUAAUUUCAGGAACGCUGCUACCUCUUGGAAUGAUGAUGUGUUCAGCCAGAUUUUCCAUAGGAAACGUCGAGUUAUGAAAAGCUUGGAGGGGAUUAAUAAUCGAUUGAGCAUGGCUUUUGACCGGGGUUUGGAUAAUUUACAGAAAAAACUUUGGCAGGAAUAUAAUUAUGUGUUUCUUCAGGAGGAAUUUUUGUGGGUGCAGAAAUCAAGAUGUCUUUGGCUUAAGUUUGGAGACUGGAACUCCAAAUUCUUCCACACAACAACCAUUGUUCGACGGAAGAGGAAUAAAAUUGAAGCUCUUCUUGAUGAUGGGGGGACGUUGCUUACUGACUUUGAUGCACUACAUGACUUCACUAUGAAUUUUUUCCGCCAUAGCUACAUGGAUGACGGUGAUGGGCUUGCUCUCUCUACUACGUGCUCGUUUCGUUCUAUCCCCGUGGGGAGAAUUGAUCCCAUUCAGGCUAGCUUCUAUGACGUUGAGGUGAAGGAUGCAAUCUUUGGUAUGGGACCUUUAAAAGCCCUUGGCCUUGAUGGUCUUCAGGCAGUGUUUUUUCAGUCUCAGUGGCAGAAUGUAGGGGGUUCAGUUACUAGCUUUGUCGAGCAGUGUUUUGUGGAUCCUUCAUUGAUAACUAGGGUUAAUGAUACCCUUUUGGUCCUCAUUCCCAAAGUGGAAGCUCCUGAACGCAUCACUCAAUACCGGCCUAUCUCUCUUUGCAACGUGAUUUAUAAAAUGGUCACUAAAAUUAUUACUAAUCGGUUGAGGAAGGUGAUGAGUGACCUGGUGGCCCCUAACCAAUGCAGUAUUGUUCCUGGCCGGCAUAGUUAUUAUAAUAUUGUUAUUUCCCAGGAAGUUUUUCAUUCCAUGAGAUACUUAAAGCGUAAGCUUGGCUGGAUUGCUAUUAAGGUUGAUUUGGAGAAGGCUUAUGAUAGGCUCAAAUGGUUCCAGGUGGCUUUUAACGGGGGUAGAUCUCCUCCGUUCAACCCUCAAAGAGGGAUUAGGCAAGGGGAUCCUCUCUCCCCGUACCUCUUUGUCCUUUGCAUGAAGCGUUUGGCUCAUAGUAUUGGAGAUGCUGUCAAUGCUGGAGCUUGGAAGCCGAUUAGACUCUCCAGGAGCGGACCACCUAUCUCUCAUAUUUUCUUUGCUGACGACCUUCUUCAUUUUGGUGAAGCUUAUGUGGAUCAAAUGGAAUGUAUCAUGGGCUGUCUCAAUGGCUUUUGUAGUGCUUCAGGAAUGAAGGUUAGUAUCCCAAAGACUCGUUUGAUGGUGUCUAAGAAUGUGGGGUCGGUAGUGUCUAGACAGCUCUCAGACUUGUCGGGGAUUGGCUUGACUUCAGACUUAGGCAAAUAUCUGGGAGUGCCUUUGUCUCAUAAGAGAGUGAAUGCUUCUAGCUACCAGUACAUCUUGGAUAGAACCCAUAAUCGUCUCUCAUCUUAG